UCUGGUCCUGAAUAAACCGGAGAGAAGGGAAAAGAGAAACGAAACUACAGUGGCUGUCAAUGGCGUCGUUGGCUCCUGCGACGCCCGCGAAGCCGAUCGGUCUCCUGCCGUGCCCAAUCCGCGGCGGCGGAAUCGGGUCGGCGCGGCCGGGCCUGGCUACGGCGGCACCCCGGCUCAGAGUCUCGGCCUCCGCUUCCGCCUCCGACGUGCCGGACUUCCUCUCCUCCGAUUGGCUUGAAACACGCAAGAAAAAGCCUUUGGGACCCAGGUUGAAUUAUAAUGCAGAAGAAGCUGUGGAAUACCAACUUGAGGCCUUAAAAUACAAUGACCGACCUCGCCAAGACUAUGGGAUAGAGGUCAUGUACCGGUUUGCAGGCUUUGAUCCAUUUGAAAGAUCAACUUAUUUUGGACGACAAUUUGAUCUAGGACAGUUCGAGCGUUUCCGGCGGAUAUUUCAUCACUCAACCUACAGAGUGCUGCUUGCCCACAAAGAAAGAAAGAUAUUAAGCAGUUUGUGGGUUGAAGAGAACCAAUAUAAGCAGAGAGUUUGGGUUCGAGGAGCUCGGCCAGAGGAAGAGGAGAUAUUCCAAUUUACAAUGAUUCAGAGAGUUGGAGGCUCAUGGGAUGGUUACUGGUUAACCGAGAGCCUGACCAAUGACGACGGAGACACGUUCUCAGGCGGGGUUGCUUAUUGAUGGACAUAUCUUGUUCUGUGGGCUGUCAUUGUAUUGGUGUACAUAUGGAACUCCCAGCACAUGUUGCAAAAUUAGCAAUGUAACUAUGGAGUGAUGGUUAAGUUACAUGAGUUGUCUCUGUCCAUGUAGCUACUGCCACACAUGGAGUAAGCAGAGGAAACGAAUUUGUGGUAGAUUAUGCUGGUGUGUUUCCAUUGUGGUCAAGUCAACCAUACCGCCAGGUGUAUAGAUAAGAGUCACACUUGUAUAUAUAAUCCCUGUAAAGCAGUACUAGUAAUUUUGUAUUCUAUACUUCCGUGAGUCAAUAAACCACUCAGAGUCUCAGAUUGGGGAUA